UUGUUUCAGGGCCUGGUUGGUAUAGUUACAGGAGGUGCAUCAGGAUUAGGAAAAGCAACAGUAGAAAGAUUUGUUAAACAAGGUGCCAAAGUUGUUUUAUGUGAUAUAGAUACAACUUUGGGUGAACAAGUAGCCAAAGGACUGGGUGAACAAAACUGUUUAUUUGUACCAACUGAUGUGAAAUCUGAAAAUGAUGUAUCAAAUGCUUUGAAAAUAACAGAGAAGAAAUUUGGACAUCUUGAUGUAUUGGUUAAUUGUGCAGGAGUAGUACAUGCAAGUGAAGUAUAUAAAUUUAAUCAAAAUAAACCGAUCAAUCUAGAGGCCUUUGAAAACUCCAUAAUGACAAAUAUAGCAGGAACAUUUAACGUGAUACGAUUAAGCGUGGAGUUGAUGGCUAAAAAUAAACCCACCUCAGACGGUCAACGUGGUGUAAUCAUAAAUGCAUCUAGUGCUACAGGUUAUGAUGGAAACUUUGGACAAUGUGUAUAUUCUGGUUGUGCUGGUGGACUAAACAGCAUGACUUUACCUUUAUCUAGAGAUUUAGCUAAGCAAGGAAUAAGAGUAGUGUCAAUAGCUGCAGGGUUAUUUGAUACACAGUUGAUGGAUUUUCCUGAUUUUGUUAGAAAAUACAUGUAUAGUAAAACUGUGUCACCUAAACGGUAUGGUCAUCCUCAGGAAUUUGUGGAUUGUGUGGUGUCUAUAAUUGAUAAUCCAAUGUUGAAUGGAGAAGUGAUAAGACUUGAUGGUGCUUUCAGAAGAAUUUGA